CCUCCCCCGAGUACUGAGACGCGCUUGAAACGUCACGCGUUUGUCCUCCAGUUUAUAAAAAGCUGGCCUGCUGUAGAUACAGACGGGCGUUUAUCGGGCUUUACUGGACGUGUGUUUCGGUUCAAGGAAGACCAGUGAUGUUGUAUUCUGGAUUGCGAAAAGACUGCGGCGGGAAAGAUAUGGAGAUACGAGAGGCUGCAGCUUUGAGGCAGCAGCGGAGGAUGAAGCAGGCGGUACAAUUCAUCCACAAGGACUCUGCCGACCUCCUGCCUCUGGACGGACUAAAGAAACUUGGAACCUCCAAGGAAAUGCCGCAUACCAUAAUUCAGAGACGGUUGUUGGAGACCAAUUUGUCCCGAUGCAGGCUCAACAAUAGAGGAACAAAAUUCACCAGUAAUAGCAUUGUGCUGCAGAACAACAGUUUUAACCACAGCAAACUGGAAGACCUUACCCAGCCUGAAGAGGAGGACCUUAUUUACGUGUGCUGCAAGUGCUGUGGAUGGGAGCUAAAGGCCUUGAUUGACACUGGUUCCCAACUGAACUUCAUGUCCUCAGCCUACAUUGAGAAGCUUGGCUUGAAGGACAUGGUCAACAUGAAUAAAAUGGUGAAGGACUCCCUCCCAUUCCAGCGUGACCUGGAAGCUGUGGGCCGAAUGGAUAAACUCAGCAUUGAAUUUGGACAAGUGAAGUUUGAAUGUGCAGUGACUGUUGUGGAAAACCACAAGGCAUUCAUCUCCCUUGGCAACAGGACCUUGAAGUCACUAAAGUGUGUAAUUGAUAUGGAAAAGCAAAUAAUCAUUCUGGGCAGAACGGAGAGGGAGCAGGUGCCGUUUGUUGGUGAGAAAAAUGCAUCAAGGGAUGAAAUCUCUCCUGGAGUCAAAGAAUGCUAAUCCCCUCAUCAUACAACACACGCAGAACAUAUUGGUUGGUUGUUCACAUCCAGAACAAAAUGACAACUGCCACUAUCAAUCUGUCAAAGUAAGCUUAAUUAAAAAUCACACAGCCAAGCCCAAAAUGCCACUCCAGUGUCUCACCAUGUAAUCCUUCCAUUACAGUCAUACAAGACCUCAGUACUUUACUACCCUCAUAUCCCAUCACACCUUUGGCAUCUGGGAAAAUUUAAUUUCAGCAAAGAAUGUUCCAUUGAUUUCUCUUGCAUUUGAAUUCAUUAAGUGUGUUGGUAAAAUGAAUCUUCAUACUUUAAAAAAGGAAAUCAAGCAUACAUCCUGCAUUUUUAUGUCUACAUUAUAGGGGAACCUUAAGUUUAAUAAUCUAUACAGGGAAAUUCCUGAUUAUACACGAUGAAGCCCUUCUUAUAGUCCAUACAUAUGUGCUCAGUCUCAUUGACACCAAGUGUUGGGGAAAGCAUGUAUAAUACAAAGAAGUUAUAACAUGUUAUAUGCUUUGUGUAGAACAGUGUUGAUGUUAGGAGAGCACUGCUGUGUAGAAAUUUAACUCAGCUGAAAUGUUUUUGAAACAGGGUUCUUCUGUGAGAUACCAGCUGUACUUUCUGGUAUAGUGCCUGUAUUUUUAUUUUUGUAGAGUGAACAUUAAUUCUAUUUUAGCAAGUGUAUUUUUGUUUUCAUUUAAGCAAAUCAGCACUUUGUAUUCAUUGACAAUAAUGUGUAUUGAGUUUUAUGUCAUGUAUUUUGAUAACUUUACAGGAACGCAUAGUAUAUAGUAUAUGAAAUUUAAUUAAUACACCUGGUAAACUACUUCAGCCUCUUGACCAAAGGCAAACAAAAGGUAAAUUUCAUAGUGAAGUUUUGAUAGAGAAUUGUAUUUUCUUAGACAUUUGUCAGUAUAACCAUUGAUCUUUACAUUUUUAAAAGUAAUUCUGGUUUAUAAAAAAAACAAGUUGCUGUGGUAGUCUUUUACUUGUGUGUAGCACACAUGCAGUACUUGGAAUAAAAUGAAUGUGAAUCUGA